AUGGAUCACCGACCGCAAGCUUGGGGCCGUCCCAGAGACGACGUCUACGGUGCCUACGAUGCUUCAUACAUGCAGACCAACGGUCCCAACCAGCACACCCAGUCCCCCGUCGUAACGGGAACAUCGGUAGUAGCAAUCAAGUUCAAGGACGGUGUGGUCAUGGCAGCAGAUAACUUGGCCUCCUACGGCUCCCUAGCCCGCUUCACCGAUGUAAAGCGCAUCCGCACCUUCGCCGACACCUCCAUCAUCGGCUUCGGCGGCGACGUCUCCGACAUGCAGUAUCUGGACCGACACUUAACAGAGCUCGGCAUCGACGAGGCAUACCAGCAGACAGCCCACACGCUGAACGCCCGCAGCCUGCACAAGUACCUAUCGAAGCUGCUCUAUCACCGGCGCACCAAGUUCGACCCGCUGUGGAACCACCUCCUCGUCGCCGGUCUCGACGAGGAAGGCAAGCCCUUCCUCGCCGCCGCCGACCUCCUCGGCACCACCUUCACGUCUCCCUCGCUAGCCACCGGCUUCGGCAGCAUGCUCGCCCAGCCCAUCAUGCGGCGAUACGUGCCGGACGAGGAAUCCGUCGCCAACGUGACGCGAGAGCAGGCCGUCGAGGUCAUCCGGGAGUGCAUGAAAGUACUAUUCUACCGUGACGCCCGCUCCCACGACACGUACUCCCUGGCCAUCGUGACCAAGGACGGCAUUGAGCUCACCGAGGGUGAGAAGCUCGAGAAGCAGAGCUGGGCCUUCGCCGACCGCAUCAAGGGCUACGGCACCCAGACCGUAUAA